AUGCAUUUAUUUUUUAUACUAUUUCUUACUCGAAUAGUCUGGAUUAAUGGUCAAUCUGGUAAUUUUCCUGAUUGUAAAUCAGGUCCAUUAUCAUCUUUUCCUAUCUGUAAUCAAUCAUUACCAUCUCGACAACGAGCUCUCGAUUUAAUAAGUCGUAUGACUCUAGUAGAAAAAAUUUCUCACAUGAUUACGACAUCUGAUGCAAUAUCUCGUCUUGGUCUACCAAAAUAUGAAUGGUGGUCAGAAGCUCUUCAUGGUCUUGCUUAUUCUCCAGGUGUAUUUUUCGGUGGUGAUUUACCUGCUGCUACUUCAUUUCCUAUGCCAAUUAAUCUUGGUGCAACAUUUAAUAUGCGUCUUGUACAUCAUAUAGCAAGUAUAAUUUCAACUGAAGCACGUGCUUUUAAUAAUGAAGAUCAAGCUGGUCUUACUUUCUUUACACCAAAUAUCAAUAUCUUUCGAGAUCCACGUUGGGGACGUGGACAAGAAACACCUGGUGAAGAUCCAUUUCUAACAUCUCAAUAUGUAUAUGCAUUUAUACAAGGUUUACAACGUGGUGAUGAUGAAAGAUAUUUAAAAAUAGCUGGUAAUUGUAAACAUUUUGAUGCUUAUGAUUUAGAAAAUUGGAAUGGAACAAGUCGACAUUAUUUUAAUGCUAAAGUAACUGAUCAAGAUUUAGUUGAAACAUAUUUACCAUCAUUUAAAACUUGUAUUCAAGAUGCACAAGUAGCUAGUAUUAUGUGUAGUUAUAAUUCAAUUAAUGGAAUACCAGCUUGUGCUCAUCAAUUUCUAUUAGAAACUAUUGCAAGAGAAUCUUUUCAUUUAAAUGGAUUUGUUGUAGGUGAUUGUGGAGCUAUUGCAAAUAUUUUAUAUACACAUCAUUAUAGAUUGACAGUUGAAGAUACAGUAGCUGUUGCUUUACAUGCUGGUACAGAUCUUGACUGUGGUAUUUUUUAUUUAUUACAUUUACAUGAUGCAUUGAAUAGUAAAAAAAUUGUUGAAACUGAUAUUGAUCAAGCAUUAAUGCGUACAUUUGAUAUUCUUAUUCGACUUGGUUGGUUUGAUCCACCAGAACAACAAAUUUAUCGACAUUUGAAUAAGAAUAAUGUUAAUACAUUAGAAGCAAGACAAUUAUCACUUAUAAGUGCUCAAGAAAGUAUUGUUUUAUUAAAGAAUAUGAAUAAUGCAUUACCGUUACAUAUCGAUCAAUUAAUGAAUAAGAAAAUAGCAUUAAUUGGACCAACAGCAGAUGCAACAGUAACAAUGCAAGGAAUUUAUCAUGGACGAGCUCCAUUUCUUAUUGAUCCUAUAACAGGAUUUAAAAACUUAACAACAGGAAAAUUAAUUAAUAUCGAAUAUGCUCGUGGUUGUGGAAUAUCAAGUUAUGAUGAGAAAGACUUUGCUGCUGCAAUAGAAUUAGCUCGAUCAUCUGAUAUUGUCUUUUUCUUUGGUGGAAUUGAUCAUACAAUUGAAGAUGAAGGAGUUGAUCGUAAAUCAAUUACAUUACCAGACAUUCAACUUACUUUAAUACAACAACUUGAAAAAGUAACUCGUUCACCACUUCACAUAGUUAUUAUGUCUGGUAGUGGAAUUGAUUUAUCGUAUAUUAGAGAUUCAAUACAAUGUAGUAGUCUUACCUGGAUCGGUUAUCCAGGACAAUCGGGUGGACUUGCAUUAGCUACUGUUAUCUUUGGGCAAUAUAAUCCAGCUGGUCGUUUACCAAUCACAUUUUAUCCAGCAUCGUAUGUUAAUGAAGUAAGUAUGUUUGAUAUGCAAAUGCGACCAUCUCCAGUUAAUCCUGGUCGAACAUAUAAAUUUUAUACUGGUAAAGCUAUAUAUGAAUUUGGAUAUGGUUUAUCUUAUACUACAUUUAAUUAUACAUGGAAUAAUAAUACAAUCUUUUCUUUUUAUUCUAUUCAAUCUUUGAUAAAAAAUAAUUCUAAGACAAAUCGUACACUUAUUUCUUUAAUUCGUAUUAAUGUCACAAAUACUGGAAAUAUGGCAGGUGAUGAUGUUGUUUUAGCUUAUGUUACACCACCUAAUAUAAUCGAUGGUGAAAUUGUUCCUUUUAAACAAUUAUUUGGUUUUGAACGUAUUCAUUUGGCAAUAAAUGAAACAAAAGAAGUAUUCUUUCCUUUUACUAUUGAAGCAGCUUUGACCAUAGCACGAGAUGCAUCUAAAUGGCUUCAUCCUGGUUUGUAUCAUAUCACUAUUGGACAACAACGAAUGUUUUCAAUUGAACUAGAAGGGCAAUCGACUCAAUGGGCUUGA